AUGUCUGUGGGUUCUGGAACUGUGUUGAUAUGGAUAAUAAUGCUGCAAGCUCAUUUCACAUUUUCAGCAGCAUGUUUAAAACAUGAGAGAAAAUACUUGCUGGAUUUCAAGGCCGGUCUUAAUCUUUCCUCAGGUCGCUUAUCCUCUUGGCAGGGAUUCAAUUGUUGCGAGUGGGAGGGUUUUUCCUGUGAUUAUCAUACAUCCCAUGUCAUUCGCCUUGACUUAAGUAAUGAUUAUGAUUAUUGGCACUACCACCAGUUGAGUGGGGAGCUUCAUCCAUAUCUGUUUAACCUGCGCCAUCUACAACACUUGGAUCUCGCUAGGAAUGACUUCAAAGGUAUUUCUAUUCCUCCCUUACUGUCAAAACUGGAGAGGCUUUCAUUUCUUAGCUUGUCAAGUGCUGGAUUUGGGGGCGACGUCCCUUUGGAGUUGGCAAAUAUGUCAAGCUUGCGUCAUUUGGAUUUGGGAAAUAGUGAGCGACAUAUGUUUAGGAGUAGUAAGUUUGGUGUAUGGGUAGGAAACCUAAGAAACCUGGAAUUCUUGGAUAUGACUGAAGUGAACCUGACAAUGGCUUCUGAGCACUGGGGCGAGGCCUUUAGCGGUCUUGCCAAUCUUACCCAGAUUCACCUGUAUUGGUGUGAGCUCUCAGGUAAUAUUCCAGAUCUCUCAAACCUCACCCGCUUAUCACAUUUAGAUUUAAGUGGUAACUCAUUCCCGUUUGAACUACCCACCUGGUUUGAGAAUGUGUCCUCAUUGGUUUCACUUGAUCUCGACCACUGUGAUCUUAACGGUUCCAUCCCUUCCAAUUUCAUGCCCCGUUCAAAAUUGAGAGUUCUCAGUAUUGGAAAUAAUAACUGGAAAGGAAAGCUAGCUUUCUUUCUAAACCACUCUUCCUCCCUUGUUGCGAUGUACCUCAACUAUUGCAAUUUAGGACGAGUGAUAUCACCCGUCAUUACACAUUUUUCAAAACUUGAGACCUUGUAUCUCGGAUGGAACAGUCUCCAAGGAGGAACAAUUCCAGAUAGCAUUUUAAAGUUGUCCAGAUUAAAAUUAUUGUCAUUUUCUUCCAGCGGAUUAAUAGGCAACAUUUCACUUCAGCUUUUCAACAAUCUCACUCACCUUCAAGAACUGGACCUUUCUGAAAAUCAGCUUCACAUUAACAUCUCUACUAGCUGGGUUCCUCAGUUUGCCGACCUGGAGCAGCUUGUUUUGGGGUCUUGCAAUAUAGAAGGCAACUUUCCUCCAUUUUUGUCCCAGCUUUUUCAAUUGCAAGUGCUAGAUCUUUCAGAUAACAGCAUUGUGGGAAAUCUACCUUCAUGCAGGCCUGGAAUUUGA